UAACACGUCCCGGCCUACAAAUCAUCAAGCCAAAUUAUGAGUUCGUUGUAUUAUGCGAAUUCUGUGUUUGCCAAAUAUCAAUCUACAAGUUCUGUUUUUCCAGCCGGAGCCUUCCCUGAGCGAACUUGCGCUUUUUCGUCCAGUUCUCCACGAAGUAGCGGCUAUGUCUCGGGGUCCGGUGGCAUUGCCUUCUCCUCCUCCUCAAUGCAGAGACUCUACAACAACAGCGGGACCGUGAUCCCCCCAAGUCAGAACAUGUAUCCCGAGAGUUGUGGACUCAGCGUCGGGUCCUUCAACAUCCACUGUCCCCUCUUUGACAAUAACCUUUCCAUGUACGCCGGAGACCCUUCUAAGCAGUCCAGCUGCGGGAACGCGGAACAAGGCAACUGCCACCAAGAAAGUGGUAAUUUUCGGAUUUACCCUUGGAUGAGAAGCACAGGUUCUGACAGAAAGCGGGGCCGCCAGACGUACACACGGUCCCAGACGCUGGAGCUGGAGAAGGAGUUCUACUUUAACCGCUACCUGACCAGGCGGAGACGCGUAGAGAUAGCCCACGCGCUCUGUCUCACUGAGCGUCAGAUCAAAAUCUGGUUCCAGAACCGGCGCAUGAAGUGGAAGAAAGAGAACAAGGCCGCCGGACACAAAUUAACCGCUGAAGACAAACCUGAGGACGAGGAGGAAGAGGAUGAAGAACAGGAGUGAGGAGCUUUUCUCAUUCACAUGGCGGAAGAAGAAAGUUGG